GGCCGUCGGGUUACACAACACGGACCUCAGAAAACUGAUGCACAACUGUUCCAUCACGCUUUUGGGGUUGUUUCUGUGUAGAUUAAAGGAUUGGAGAAAGUCUAUAAAGGUGUGAUGGAAACCACGGCGGAAGAACAUGUUGAAAAGAAGAAAGAUGUUGCAGUAAAGGGAGAAGCUGCUAUCAGACAAGAAUUUCUAACAACCAAAGAAAACUUUCAUGGGUUUGUGGAUUCUGAGUGGCAGGUGAGAAACGGAGGCAAAGUUUGUGAAAAUGACAAAGCGACGGCGACAUCUGUUGAGGAACCUGAAGUUAAGAAGAUCAAAGUGGAGCCUGAGGAGACAAAUAAAUGGGGAAAACAAGAUGGUAAACGACAUCGGGGACAGAAUAAGUCGAGACCUCGCACCAAAAUUACUGCUUACGAUGAGAGGCGCCUGUGUCUCUCAGUCAUUCAGGACAAUAGGGAAUGCCCCUUUGGAGCCAAGUGUAACUUCCACCAUGACGUUGCAGAGUACUUAGCCACUAAACCUGCUGACAUUGGGGAAAGCUGCUACCUCUAUGAUACAUUUGGAAAGUGUUGUUACGGCCUCGCCUGCCGCUUCGCCAAGGCCCACACUACACCUGACUUUAAAAGUAUGGAGAACGCAGACCUCAUCAAGGCCCAUGAGGGCAGGACCGCUGUGAAGAACAGCCUGAGUAAAGACCUCCAGAUUAGUCUGAGGAAGCGCUCGGUGGCCUUCAAGAAGUCAGAGGAGUACCUGAGUACACUUUCAAACAACAAAGACAAAAGAGAACAGCACGAGGAAGGUAACGCUCCUGUCCUUGAAGUAUCUGCAGAUCAAACAGAAGGGGAUCAGCAUCAGUCGACUGAAACAGAAACAGAGCUACAGGCAAGCCCAGAUAAACAGCCUCCACCAGUGAGGACUGUCGGCCCACUGACUGAUCAGGACGUCGUCAAGUUGCGCAUAUGUGAAAAGAAACAGGUGGACUUUCAAGACAAGCUCUACCUCGCUCCUCUAACAACUUGUGGAAAUCUGCCUUUCCGUCGUGUGUGUAAGCGCUUCGGAGCAGACAUCACCUGUGGGGAGAUGGCCAUGUGCACAAACCUGCUGCAGGGACAGCAGUCGGAGUGGGCCCUCUUGAAACGUCAUGAAAGUGAAGAUAUUUUUGGUGUCCAGGUGGAGGGCUGCUUCCCUGACACCAUGACGAGGUGUGCAGAGCUCAUCAACAACAACACUGAUGUUGACUUCGUGGACAUAAACUCUGGAUGCCCCAUUGACCUUGUCUACAAGAAGGGUGGAGGAUGCGGCUUGAUGACACGCACCAGAAAGUUUGAACAGAUCAUCAACGGAAUGAACUAUGUCCUUGACGUGCCUUUGACAGUCAAGAUCCGCACCGGUGUUCAGGAGAAGUGCAACGUAGCACACAAGCUCAUCCCUGAGAUGAAGAAAUGGGGCGUCUCAAUGAUCACAUUGCACGGCAGGUCCAGAGAGCAGCGUUACACCAAAUUGGCAGACUGGGAUUACAUCACCACUUGCUCCAAUCUGGCCAGUCCUGUCCCACUUUUUGGGAAUGGAGACAUUCUGUCCUAUGAAGAUGCCAUGAAAGCCAGAGAGACUGGAGUUUCUGGUAUUAUGAUUGCCAGAGGCGCUCUCAUUAAGCCAUGGAUCUUCACUGAAAUAAAGGAGAGCAGGCACUGGGACAUCUCAUCCGGUGAGCGUCUGGACAUCCUCAGGGACUUCAGCAACUUUGGUCUGGAGCACUGGGGCUCGGACACUCGUGGAGUGGAGAAGACCCGCAACUUCAUGCUGGAGUGGCUCUCCUUCAUGUGCAGGUAUAUUCCUGUGGGUCUGUUGGAGCGAGUGCCUCAGAAGAUCAAUGAGCGACCUCCGUACUACAUGGGCAGAAACUACCUGGAGUCACUAAUGGCCAGUCAGCAUGUUGGAGAUUGGGUCAGGAUUAGUGAAAUGCUACUUGGACCUGUGCCAAAGAACUUCAACUUUUUACCCAAACAUAAAGCCAACGCCUACAAGUGAAUGUGUCUUUCGAUGAUUGCUGAAAAAUAAAUCAUGUUUUUUGUUGUUUUUAAAAAUUCUAAUCUAAUAAAUUAAAUUUUAGAUUUUUGUUUUUUGCUUGACCUGUGGUGCAGAAGUACAACACUUGCGCAUUGGUGUACUUGAAAUAUGCAAUACAUUCUUUUACUAUACUAAGAAA